AUGGCAUCUAUGCGUUGUGUAUAUAUUUGUACUCUUCUUUGGGUUCUCUAUGUGAACUGUCGCGAAGCACAAUAUCAUGAUCAGGACUUUGAUGUGAACCUGCCGGGCUAUUUGUAUAGUCUUGGAGCGCGAAAGUACGUUGGGAUUGACCCGGUGGGGAAGACUCGGCUAAUCGUCAUUGAUAAUCCUAACAAAGCCAUUAAGCUCCGAACAUAUUUAUCUGGAGUCUCAGCCUACCCAGGCUUAGUCUUUAUGGAAGAUAAUGGCACAUGGCCUGAUGACCGGGCUGGAUAUCUUCCGGUUUCGCAAGACCUGGCAAACAAGAGGAUAUUGGAGGCCUGUCCGGAUAUUGGGCUCGGAAAGAUAAUUGUAAGUCCUUACAAUGCCGGAAUACAUACGCGGUUUACAGUGACUCCGCCUAUUCUGCUGAACGAGAAUGCCUUCCAAGUUAUAGGAGGCAGGUAUUGUCUUACGGUUGACAAGGACUCUUCUAUGAUUACGCUAGCUGCCUGUGCUCCUGCGGGAUCUAGACAGCUAACCCAGCUGUUCUCUUGGGUGAAUAAGAACGACUUUAACCGCGGCAAAGACCCCAUUACGUACCAGCCAAACCCUGACCUAUACGUUUCCAAGAUCACUCCCGAUCAACAGGAGGGUAUUCUCAGGAGGUUAUGCAGCCGAUACAAGCCGGUGCGCAUGGAUGUUUCUGGUCUGAGCUCACCAACUAAUCUGCCGUACCCCGAUCCCUAUCUUCACUACAACACGGCUGGUGAUGUUCCUCGAUAUUGCCGAGGUUAUUUGCUUAGAAACGAUCCUACCUUCGUUGAUUAA